GCUCCCGGCUGCGCGGGGAGGAGGCGGCGGCGCCGCGCGCGGGCACUCGGCGGGCGGUGAGGAGCGCGGAGCCGGAGCCGGACGCCGCCGCAGCCACCGUCACCUGAGCGGUCGUCAUCAAGCUGCCACUUCUGACAAAUCACCGCGUUUGUGAUCGAACGUUGUUCAAGUGGAGUGUGAUUUCUCCAUUUUUCUACCUGUUCCCGGGGCAGUGACCCCAUGGCUACCUCUGGGCCCACAGAGCCCAGCACAGGGGUCUGUCUCCAGCUGGAGACAUGGAAAAUGUAGGAUGUCAUGGAAUCCCCGGUACCGGAGCUCCAAGUUCCGCCACGUCUUUGGCAAACCGGCCAGCAAAGAGAACUGCUACGAUUCGGUGCCCAUCACCCACAGCGUCCAAGACAAUCACUUCUGUGCUGUGAACCCCUAUUUCAUUGCAGUCGUGACUGAGUGCUCCUGUGGGGGGGCCUUCUUCGUCAUUCCCUUGAACCAGACGGGAAAGUUGGACCCCCACUACCCAAGGGUCUGCGGGCACAAAGGGAAUGUCUUAGACAUCAAGUGGAAUCCUUUUAAUGAUUUUGAGAUCGCCUCCAGUUCUGAAGAUACCACAAUUAAGAUCUGGGACAUCCCCAAGCAGCUGCUGACAAAGAACCUCACAGCCUGCAAGAAGGAGCUGAUGGGCCACACCCGCAGGGUGGGCCUGGUGGAGUGGCACCCCACGGCCUCCAACAUCCUCUUCAGCUCUGGCUACGACUUCAAGGUGAUGGUCUGGAACUUGGACACAAACGAGUCUGUAAUCGUGAACCCCGUGAGGACAAUUAGCUGCCACCAAGGCGCGAUCCUCUCCAUGUCCUUCAACACCAAUGGCAGCCUGCUAGCCACCACCUGUAAAGACCGCAAGAUUCGGAUUCUCGACCCCCGGGCAGGGGCCGUCCUCCAGGAAGCCAGCUGCACGGGGCACCGGGCCAACAAAGUGCUGUUUCUGGGAAGCCUGAAUAAGCUGCUAUCCACGGGCACAUCCCGAUGGAACAACCGGCAGCUGGCCGUGUGGGACCAGGACAACCUCUCCCAGCCUGUGUCAGAGACGGACCUGGAUGGCUCCUCGGGCGUGCUGUUUCCCUUCUAUGACGCGGACACCAACAUGCUCUACGUGGUGGGGAAGGGAGAUGGAAACAUCCGCUACUACGAGGUGAGUGCCGACAAACCUCACCUGAGCUACCUGACAGAAUACUGCUCCCGUAGCCCACAGAAGGGGAUAGGUGUCAUGCCAAAGAGAGGUCUUGACGUCACCUCCUGCGAGAUCUUCCGCUUCUACAAGCUGAUUACAACCAAAGGCCUCAUUGAGCCUAUAUCCAUGAUUGUACCCCGGCGGUCGGAGUCUUACCAAGAGGAUAUCUACCCGCCCACGGCAGGAGCCCGGCCGUCUCUGACAGCCCAGGAGUGGCUCCGUGGGAUGAAUAAAGAGCCAGUCAUGGUGUCCCUGAGGCCCUGCUCUGAGCUGCUGAGCCCCCAGCCACUGCUCCCAGGGAGACCGCCUUCCGUCUCCACGGCCCCCUCCAACCAAACAGAGAAGGUGGUUGUAGAAGAUGGCCGGAGAACCUUCUUGGCCCUGGAGGAGAAGGUGCCCAGGCAGGCAGCAGCAGGACACAGGCCAGAAGAGAAGACAAGUCGGCUCACAAACGGCUUUGACAUGGAGUGUCCCCCACCAAAGACAGAGAACGAGCUGCUGCAGGUGUUCUAUCGGCAACAGGAGGAGAUCCGAAGGCUCCAGGAGCUGUUGACCCAGCGUGAGGUGCAGGCCAAACAGUUGGAAUUGGAGGUCAAAAACUCGCGGAUGAGCUCAGAGAGGUUCUGAGCAGAGAUCUCUGCCCUCCCCACCCUCAGGGACACCGCUUGGCUCCAUGGGCAGAUCCAGAACCCACCCACAAGUCCCCCAAGAACAACCACUAUUUCUAUAUUUUUUACCAGAAAACGAAACUCUCGGUUGCUGAAAGAUUCUAGUGGGAGGGAUGUGGUGCCGUUUUUCUAUUUGCCUUCUCAAAACAACAGUGUCUGAGUUGACUCUUUUUAGGUGAUAACUUGCCUUCUGUUUAAUUCUGUGUUUAAGGGUCCACGAUGACCUAUAACUUCUCAAGGGAAAGAACACUGUCUAAAGUUAGAGCUGGAAGGACCUAAGAGGGGAACCUGCCUGUGAUUUUCAAGCUGUGGUCCACAGAAUGGGAGGAAGCCUAAGCAGGAGGGCCCUGCCCCCCCACCCCCUUCCAACCAGAUAGCUCCCCUUCUUUCUGAUUUAUCUAUUGACUUCUAUGAAAAAACAUUUAGAAGUUUGAAAAACAGUGAUCUGGCCCAACUUCCUCAUUUUACAGGUGGGGAAACUGAGGCCCAGAGAGAGACAAGGGAUCAAGGUCCGCAGAGGGUUCAUGGCAGGGCUGGGUCAAGCCUCUGUUCUGCUGGAUGUGUCCUUCUGCUGUUUCUGGUCUGAUGCAGCUGUCAGCCCACAUGGCAGGGAUCUGUUUAUUCUGACCUCAGGAGUGACAUCUUACAAGUCCUUCCCUCUCUGGUCUCAGUUUCUCCAUCUGAACCUGGGGACCCUGGGAUGUGCUGCCCUCUACGGGAUCUGCCAUCUGAGACAAGAAACCUUGGCCUUGACCUGAGGAAAACAACCGAUAGGGUGAUGAUCUGGGUCUGCUGUGGGAAGUCACAAGACAUUGGUGAACGGGCAGAGGAAGUUUAACUGCGGGGAAAUAAGUCAAGCUUUGGCCCAAUGCUAGAACACGGAUAGGAGGCCCAUACCAUCCUCUCUUCAACCGGAAUCAGUCAAAUGUGGGCAGACACUAUCCCUUAUGUGGGGGAGCAGAUAUCAGAGUGGUCCCCAUGACCACUGACUGCCACCUCCAAAGCCCUCGGGCCACAGAGCCUGCACACUCCAGGAGGAUAUGGGCAGAUUUCGGUCCAGGAGGUGGGGAGCCCCAGCACUGCAGAGUGCCAGCAGAGCCCCAUGAACACCUGCUUCUGGAGAGGGAUGACUGCCCUAGGCAAGAGAGGAGGGCCAGAUGGCCCCGAAGUUCCCUUCUAGCCUGAGAGUUUUUACGUGUCCCUCCUUUGUGAAUCUGUGUUCUGAACACAUUCGCUAAGGUUCUUUCUCAGUGGUCAGUACAGCAGCCUAGCUAGUGAUGGGGAAUGUUGGAAAUUAAAUGCACCCCCUCCUUAUCGAGGAGGUGCAGGCAAUGGGGUUUUGCCCAUUGCACAGGGCAGUCCUGGAGCUAAGAUGGGAAUGGGGGAGGCCACCUAGCCCGGUAGGUUUCAACCCAGGCUGUACAUAAGAGUCCUCUUAGGAGGGUUCGAGAAAUACAGAUGCCCACUCCCAACCCCAGGCCAAUUGAAGCCGAGUCUCCAGAGUGGGGCCUGGCUUUGUGUACGUUGUUAUGUCCCCACGUCUCUCUCUUCAGUACGGUGAGGAUGGGGAGCCACUGGGCUGGCCCCUCUGUACCUCUGGAGUGGAGGUGAGGACAGUGGACAUCUGACAGGCUCUGGGACUCCAACCCCAUCCUCCAAGUCCAGGUUGGAAGCGCCAUCCCAUGUCUCUUGGGGACCCUAGGCUACAACUCGAUGAGGGCUCUGGGCCCCUGAGUGCCCCCUCCCCUAGCCAUGUCUGCCUACACACACCAGACGCCCGCAUCCCCUCUCUUGUUGACUUGGUCACUGGGGCUCACCAAAGGCCAAAUCCCAGGCGUUGUGAGGGAACGGAGCUCCCCUGGAUGGGGUUACCUGUCCCACCUCAUUUGUGGCCACCUCUUCACAGUUUACAAAGCCCUUUCCCCUCCGCUCCCUGGCACAUCCAGCUCUAAUUCUAACAUGGGCCAGGCAGGCAUCAUCCUCCUGGUCAGAAUAAUGACACUAUCCCCCAUGUCAUUCUCAGAGAAUGAAGAAGUAUCAUGCCCACAGGCACUGGGUGCAAACAGCUAGAGGUGGGGCUGAGUCUGGGGAGCAUCCCGAAUGCCUCCUCUGCACAGAACCUUCUCCAGUUCUCCCUACCCCUAAGGGACCCAGAACUCAUGCUUUAAAACAAUGUGAAGGCAUCCAUGAACAAACUUGUUUUGGGGUUUGCUUUUUUUUUUUUUAACUAGAAUAAAUUAUUUAAAUUAUUUCACAGCAAGGGAGAGGGAUAGGUAAUUUUUAUCAAAUAUUUUUUUAAGCCAUUUUUGAAAAUUGCAUUUUUGUUUAUGUUCUUGGCUGAUGAAGUAGAAGUUGCCCGGCAUCUGCAGGGCCAGGCCCGCACACUCGGGCAAGCAGAAUGUGCACUCAUCUCUACUCCGUACUCCAGGAGCCCCUGACUGUUGACUCAGGAGCUUUCGGAGAAUGAAGACAGCGCUGGGAGAUGAGCACUGGGGCAUAUCUACCUUAGCUCACAAUAAAUGUUCUUCCUGGAACUAAAUUUAAGAUUGUAUCAUAAAGGGAAGAAGGAAAUCAAAAAUAUAUCUAUGCUUUUAACAUGAAACCGUGCCUGAAAUAGUUUGUUUAAUGUUGUUUCUGAAAUUCCUUUUACCUUUGUAAAAAAAAAAAAAUUAAGAAAUAAAAGUGAAAAUAAAUAGAUGUGAAAUCAUGCAAUGGAAAGAAUGUAACAAAAUAAUAAACAUCUUCCUAGACA